CGCUUUUAUAAAACAAUGGAACGAGUUGUUGUACGAUGUGUGCCUUUGGAAUCCAAGCUAACGAUUUCAUUCACCCUCGAGGGCAGCCACAAACACAUGCUAAGGGACCAGACAGAAGAGCUGGGAAAAGUGUUAGCUAGGAUUGCUAACAAUUUCAUCAAAGCUCAAAGCAAAUCGAAGAAAUCCAGGAAAAGCUACUCAAAAGAAGCCGCCGAAGUUGCUGGACCAGAGGUUAGACUUUAUUUCAAUGACGACGUUGUUGCAGAGGAGGUCACAAACUUCGAUGCCUGGCAGGACGGAGCUGUCUUACAUGUGGGAGAACAUAAGUAUAAAGUUGAGCGGAAUCACCCGACUUUCACCACGGCCGAACUACCAACGUCUUUGCUCUCUGGUUUCCCUGUUUGCCCCAAACUAGAAAUAGAAUUCGGUGACUUGAAAGACUGUUUAUUCAAAUGGUAUAAAGAGAGGUCCCCUAAUGCAGACACUGAGGGACAAGACAGUUCCUGGAUAGAGGCAGGCAAUGGUCGCGUGUUUACACCAUCUAAUUCUGACAUUGGCGUGAGGUUAAAAUUGAAAUGCACGCCUGGAAACGGAUCAAAGUACGGGAUGGCCAAAGAAUUGGUGUCUGCUGGAACGGUAGAGGCGGGUCCAGGGGCAUGCACAUUUGACAAUAGACACAUGUAUACGAACAAAGUUACGGACGAUUCAACUGUCCGAGUUGUGUCUUACAAUAUCUUAGCUGACAUCUACGCUCAGACAGAGCUUUCCAAAACUGUUUUGUACCCUUACUGCGCUCCCUAUGCAUUGAACUUCGAUUACAGGCAGAAUCUGAUAAAAAAGGAACUGUCCGGCUAUAACGCUGACAUUAUUUGCCUCCAAGAAGUGGACAAGACUGCCUUCACUGAUAGCCUGUCACCAGCGCUUGAUGCGUUUGACAUGGAUGGCGUUUUCAGAAUAAAGGAGAAACAGCAUGAAGGGCUGGCAACAUAUUUUAGGAAGUCCAAAUUUAAAUGUAUCGGUCAGUACGACAUUGUUCUUGCUGAGGCCCUGAAAACGGACCCUCUACAUGGUGUGGUGCUGGAGAAAUUAUCUACCAACCCUACUCUGAAGGACAAGGUGGUCGACAGAUCAACAGCCUUGCAGGUUACUGUGCUUCAGUCACUGAGUGAUCCAUCUAAGACAGUAUGUGUUGGAAACACACACCUCUACUGGCACCCUAAAGGGGGGAAUGUCCGUUUAGUCCAAAUGGCUGUGGCCUUGAGACACUUGACCCGCGUGGUCACUGAGGAUCACCCAGGUGCAGCUCUGCUCUUCUCGGGCGACUUUAACAGCUCGCCCUCGUCAGGCGUGUUUCAGCUGCUCAGUCAGGGUGCGGUGUCAGAGGGCCACAGUGACUGGGCGUCCAAUGGGCCUGAGGAACUGUGUCAAAUGGAGCUUCAGAAUCCCCUCCAGAUGCAGAGUGCCUGUGGAGAGCCGGCCUAUACCAAUUACGUAGGAGGCUUCCAUGGGUGCUUGGAUUACAUAUUCAUGGAGCCCCGGGCAUUUCAGGUGGAACAGGUCAUCCCUUUGCCCAGUCACCAAGAAGUCACCACUUACCAGGCUCUGCCCAGUGUCUCACACCCAUCUGACCACAUCGCUCUGGUCUGUGACCUCAAAUGGAAGUGAGGGCGUAAACUGCACCAGAUUUAUUUACUGCCUUUGAAUUUAUUUAUUCCCUCUGAACGAGAAAUGCCCUCCACAGAAAUACCCAAGGAGCAACUUCUAUUUCAUUGAUCAUAGAUAUCAGUAUCACAUCAUUUCACAAAAAGGCAACCAGAUG